AUGCAACCACCGCCACCAGUCAUUGAACGGCCCGACCCAGAAUCGCUCGUCAGAGCCGAGGUGACGGCGAUGACAUCCCCGGAGCACCUGGAUGCGGACCAUUUAACAUCCCUUAAGACUGUAGUCGAUAAUGUUCUGAAUACAGGGCUUGCAGAAGAAACUUUUGCUCAGAUCGUAGAUGGACUUCCCACAUAUUCAUCCUUCUUGGAGCUCCAUGUCUUCUCCAAGCGUCUGGGACACCCUGUUUUUCAGCACCAUGCCAUAUGCGAAGGGGCUAUCGAACAAACACGACAGUUUCGAUCUGCUUUUAACAUUUCUUCACUGCGAUUUGAACCUUCUCUAGGAGGAAGCAUACAUGGCAAAGAAUAUAAUUCAUGGCUAGCCCAGGAGAAAACACUCUUUGACCAGGGACACGAAAAGUAUAAGGAUGGCGGCUUGCAGCCUCCAGUUCCAUUUUACCAUGACCAAUACUACAAUCACCAACAAUACCCCCAAGGAGUUUCUGACAUGGUUGGAUAUUGGGCCGAAACAGUCAUCUUUGGAGGAGUCGUCCUUUUUGAUCGAUGCGACUGUGGCCCAGAUUUUGACAAUGUUAUUUCCUUCUUGCUUGCCGGAGAAGGACAUGUACGCCCCUGUCCAUUUCCCAUCCGUGGAACUCCAGACAAUCGGCCGCGAUUCGACCCCUACCAUGCAAUGAAGUAUUUCAAGAUCUAUAGGAAUCGCUACGAAAGACUGCUCCCACUGAUUCUUUGGAGGAGACAUAUAUUCUCGUCGACUGAUUACCCGGAAUUGGAUGACAGGCGACGCCUAAUGUACCACUUGUACGAAGUUGGGUCAGGAGAAGCGGAACGCGACGAUGAAUUGGUGAGAUAUUAUGAGGAGAGAUUGAGGUUAAUAUCGCCUUCUUCUCCUAUUUGGAGUAUGGGGGGAGACUACAACUAG